ACCAAUCUCAGUAGAAGAGAUAAGACCUGUAUUGAAGUUUACUGGCUUAUUUACACUAACUGUCCAAGGUUACAAAGUAUAUACUCCAAAACAAGCUAUAGAGGUGUAACAUAGGAAAAUUGCUUUUGUAUAUAAGAAAUUUGGGGGCUCACUACUUCCAGUAUUUCAUGGCUCAUAUAUUCUUUCUUGAAAUUAUGACAUUACAAGUAACUUGAAACUUUAUCGCGGUCCCUUCUUGUUACUCGAAACAAAAUGUUGGCGAAGACAGCACAUGAGGCUGUGAGGGUACUGAGUCUGAUACAAUUUCGCGGUCCCUUCUUGUUCCUCAUGUACUGUUUCAGUUCACAUUUUGCCUUGUUCUACAUCUAGAUUGAUUUCCUUUUGGUCUUUGGAUUCUUUCUUCACCAACAUUAUCAUUUCAAUUAUGCUUCAAUCAUUACUAACCACUUGCUACACAUUACAGUAUAUAGCAAGUGGCUUGCCUACUACACUUCUUUUAGCAUCUUCUGCUACUAUUAUUAUUUUAGUAAAAACAUUGUCUUGGCUUUUUUUCUUAUUGAAUCAUUUGAGACCCUUCAGUGGUGUUCUUGUAACCGUUUCAGGUGGCUUCAGUUGAUUUAUUAUCAUACGCUUGAGCAUACCAACAAUACAUUUGUGUUUUGUAAUUUCUCCUAAUCAACUUUAGGAAGUUCAAGUCCCUAACUUUCGAACUAAAAAUCUUGAUACCAAAUCAAAAGUCAACCGAGACAAAUGGCUGAAACAUACAUGAAAUACAAAGAUCAGAAUCAACCAGUUGAAGUUCGAGUUGAAGAUCUUCUUAGCAGAAUGAAUUUGGAGGAAAAGAUUGGUCAGAUGACUCAAAUCGAUCUCACUGUCGCCUCCUUUGAUGUCAUGAAGAAUUACUCAAUAGGAAGUGUUUUGAGUGGGGGUGACAGUGCGCCUUUUCCGAGAGCUACAACUCAAGAUUGGAUUAACGCAGUCAACAAAUUCCAGGAAGGCGCCUUGGCUACUCGUUUGGGGAUACCGAUGCUUUAUGGAAUUGAUGCUAUUCAUGGUCACGGCCUUGUCUAUAAUGCCACUGUUUUCCCCCAUAACAUUGGUCUUGGAGCUGCUAGAGAUGCAGACCUUAUUAGGAGGAUUGGUUCAGCAACUGCGUUGGAAGUUAGAGCUACUGGGAUACCAUACGCCUUUGCACCUUGUGUUGCAGUUUGUAGAGAUCCAAGAUGGGGCCGUUGUUAUGAGAGUUACAGUGAGGAUCCCCAGAUUGUGCAGGAAAUGACCAAAAUAAUCUAUGGUUUACAAGGAGAAAAUCCCAAAGGAUCACAAAAUGGCAUUCCUUAUGUUGGAGGAAAGUACAAAGUUGCGGCUUGUGCCAAGCAUUUUGUGGGUGAUGGGGGGACAACAGAAGGCAUUGAUGAGAGUAAUUCAAUUAUUGACACAACUGAGUUGUAUAAAAUCCACAUGCCUGCCUAUCUUGACUCUAUCAGUAAAGGGGUGUCGACGAUUAUGAUUUCCUAUUCUAGCUUGAAUGGAGAAAAGAUGCAUGGAAAUUACAAUUUAGUCACUGAGUAUCUCAAGAACACUCUUCAAUUCAAGGGGAUUGUUAUCUCUGAUUGGGAGGGACUUGAUAGGAUGACUACUCCAUAUCACGCUGAUUAUACAUACUCCGUCUUGGCUGCAAUUCGAGCUGGAUUAGACAUGAUUAUGGUCCCUUUCAACUUUACUGAAUUCAUUGACACUCUUACCAACUUGGUUAAGAACAACUCUAUCAGUAUGGAGCGUGUUGAUGACGCUGUGACAAGGAUUCUGCGCGUUAAGUUCAUAAUAGGUCUCUUUGAAAACCCUAUGGCUGAUUUCAGUCUGGUUAAUGAGCUAGGAAGCCAGGCUCACAAAGACUUGGCAAGAGAGGCGGUAAGAAAAUCUCUUGUACUGCUAAAGAACGGUAAAGAAGGAGAUAGACCAUUGUUGCCUCUUCCUAAAACAGGAGCAAAGAUACUAGUAGCUGGUACACAUGCUCAUAAUUUGGGUUAUCAAUGUGGUGGAUGGACAAUGAAAUGGCAGGGGUUUACGGGUAAUGAUGACACUGGAGGAACUACUAUUCUGGAUGCUAUCAAAUCCACUGUCUACCCAAGUACAGAAGUCGUAUACAAGGAGAACCCGGAAAAAGAUUUCAUCACGUCCAACAACUUCACCCAUGCCAUCAUUGUUGUAGGCGAGCUUCCCUACGCAGAGAUGCACGGAGAUAGCCAGACACUCGCAAUGUUAGACCCUGGCCCCACGGUGAUCAGCAAUAUCUGCGGGUCCCUCAAGUGUGUCGUUGUUGUUAUCUCUGGCCGCCCCCUCGUCUUCGAGCCUUACAUUAACUCAGUCGAUGCCUUGGUUGCUGCGUGGUUGCCUGGUACAGAAGGCCAAGGAGUUGCUGAUAUGCUGUUUGGUGACUAUCAGUUUACUGGGAAAUUGUCAAGAACAUGGUUCAGAACUGUUGAUCAACUUCCCAUGAAUGUUGGAGAUUCACACUAUGAUCCUCUUUUUCCCUUUGGGUUUGGUCUGACAACUGAUAAAAUUGGUUUAUCAGAAACUCAGUCAGAUAAUUAACAUGAAUGAUAGGAGACCAGCAUACCUAUAAACAAUCUCAGUAAAAGAGACAGGAGAACUACACUGUAAUUCUGUAAUACAAUACUCCAUAACUCCAUUUCUGUGGAAAAAUUGUAUGUAUUCUUAUUGUUUUUCAUUCUGAAAUUAAUCAUGUCAAACUGAUAAUGUAUUUCUCCCUGAAAACGGCUUCUUUAUAGAAAUAAGGAUAAGGCUGGGUACAUUUAGAUC